AUGACAAUUAAAGAAGUAAUACACAUUCACAUAGGACAAUCAGGUGUACAAGUAGCGAAUGCCUGUUGGGAAUUAUACUGCUUAGAGCAUGGCAUUAGACCAGACGGCAUUAUGUUGUUUGAUGAAAAUGAACAAAACUGCGCUUCUUUCUUUAGCAGUACGGCCGGAGGAAAAGUGGUCCCUAGGGUCGUAAUGAUAGAUUUGGAACCGACUCCAAUUGACGAGAUACGACAUGGUACAUAUCGACACCUAUUCAAUUCGAAGUCUCUCCUUACUGGCAAAGAGGAUGCCGCUAGUAACUUUGCAAGAGGCUAUCUUGGCGUGGGACGAGAAAUGAUAGACGUAGUACUUAAUAGAGUGCGGCUCGCAGCCGAAGAUUGCCAUCAUUUGCAAGGAUUUGUUGUAUUUCGCUCAUUCGGAGGAGGCACAGGAUCAGGUUUUACAUCUUUACUGCUAGAGAACAUGACUAAAGAAUAUAGAAAACUAACGAAAAUAGAAUUUGCUAUCUAUCCGUCGCCUAGAAUGUCACCUAUUAUUGUAGAACCAUAUAACGCACUCUUAACAGCGCACUCCUGCAUGGAUACAGAAGAUGUUUGUUUUAUAUUAGACAAUGAAGCGUUAUAUGAUAUCUUAGCUAGGUCUCUGGAAGUACCACGACCGACUUAUACAAAUUUAAAUCGAUUGAUUGCGCAGGUUAUUUCGUGUAUGACUGCGUCCUUAAGAUUCGAAGGAUCAUUAAACGUGGAGUUGGUUGAAUUCAGAACAAACUUAAUUCCUUACCCUAGAAUUCAUUUUCCUUUGGUCACGUUUGCUCCAUUUGUACCACCAAGUAGAGCCCAGCAUGAAACAAUGUCUACACAGCAAUUGAUGAUGGCAUGUUUUGAACCAGCUAAUCAAAUGGUCAAAUGCGAUCCCAGAAAGGGCUCGUAUAUGUCAUGCUGCUUAUUGUUUAGAGGUGACGUUAAUCCAAACGACAUCAAUUUUGCAAUUAACCAAAUAAAAAGCAUGCGGUCUGUUAAAUUCGUAAGCUGGUCACCGACAGGUUUUAAGAUAGGAGUAAACAGUCGACCGCCCGUAACAGUUCCCGGAGGUGAUUUAGCUAUACUACAGAGAGCAGUAACAAUGGUCUCAAAUUCUUCAGCAGUGAGGAUUGCGUGGGAGCAUUUGUGCAAAAAGUUCUCUUUGAUGUAUGCUAAACGUGCAUUUGUUCACCACUACGUUGGCGAGGGUUUAGAAGAAGGGGAAUUUACAAAUGCACUCUACAAUAUAAAGGCUUUGUCAAAUGAUUAUCGGGAAAUGGAAACGUAA